GAAGACCCGUGCGCGGGGAGGUUAGCGGCUGCAGAGCUCAGUACCAGAGAGCUAGGACAGGCAGGGCGACCUGUCACCGGUCUGGCACUCCCUGUCCCUCGUGCAGAAAGGGUGGAAGCUGUAACUAGGGAAUGACGAACCCCGCGGAGGAGGAUGCGGAGCGCGCGGGGAGAGCAGACACCUCACUGUCAGGUGAGAAUUAUGAAGAUGAUGACCUAGUAAACUCUGAUGGGGUUAUGAAGAAAGCAUGUCCAGUACAGAUUGUUCUUGCUCAUGAAGAUGACCAUAACUUUGAGCUUGAUGAAGAAGCUUUGGAGCAGAUAUUGUUACAGGAGCACAUUCGUGAUCUUAACGUAGUAGUGGUGUCCGUGGCAGGAGCUUUUCGUAAAGGGAAAUCAUUUCUCCUGGACUUCAUGCUUAGAUAUAUGUACAACAAGGAAUCUCAAAAUUGGAUUGGUGGAAACAACGAACCAUUGACUGGCUUUACAUGGCGAGGUGGUUGUGAAAGAGAAACAACUGGCAUACAAGUCUGGAAUGAGGUGUUUGUGAUCGACAGACCUAAUGGAACAAAAGUGGCCGUGCUGCUAAUGGAUACUCAGGGUGCCUUCGAUAGCCAGUCGACCAUCAAAGACUGUGCCACGGUGUUUGCUCUGAGCACCAUGACGAGCUCCGUCCAGGUAUAUAAUUUGUCUCAGAAUAUUCAGGAAGAUGAUCUUCAGCACUUGCAAUUAUUUACAGAGUACGGUAGACUUGCAAUGGAAGAAAUCUACCAGAAACCAUUUCAGACGUUAAUGUUUUUGAUUAGAGAUUGGAGUUAUCCUUACGAGCAUUCAUAUGGUUUGGAAGGUGGAAAACAAUUCCUUGAGAAGAGAUUGCAGGUAAAACAGAAUCAACAUGAAGAGCUGCAGAAUGUAAGGAAGCACAUUCACAGUUGUUUCUCAAAUCUUGGUUGCUUCCUUUUGCCACAUCCUGGUCUUAAAGUUGCAACUAAUCCUAAUUUUGAUGGGAGAUUGAAAGAUAUUGAUGAAGACUUUAAACGAGAACUUCGAAAUCUGGUUCCAUUGCUGCUUGCCCCUGAAAAUUUGGUAGAAAAAGAGAUAAGUGGAUCUAAAGUCACUUGUAGAGCUCUUGUGGAAUACUUUAAGGCUUACAUUAAAAUUUAUCAAGGAGAGGAACUUCCACAUCCAAAGUCCAUGCUUCAGGCAACAGCUGAAGCUAAUAAUCUUGCUGCAGUAGCAGGAGCAAGAGAGAUUUAUUCCAAAAGUAUGGAACAGGUAUGUGGUGGCGACAAGCCUUACAUUGCACCUUCAGAUCUCGAGAGAAAACACCUGGAUUUUAAGCAAGUGGCGAUUAAACAGUUUCGUUCAGUAAAAAAAAUGGGUGGAGAUGAAUUCUGCCGUCGUUAUCAGGACCAGCUUGAGGCCGAAAUCGAAGAAACCUAUGCAAAUUUUAUAAAGCACAAUGAUGGGAAAAAUAUCUUCUAUGCUGCUCGUACCCCUGCCACACUGUUCGCUGUCAUGUUUGCUAUGUAUAUAAUCUCAGGACUGACUGGAUUCAUUGGCCUGACCUCCAUAGCCGUCCUGUGCAACCUGGUCAUGGGGCUGGCACUGACCUCUCUUUGUACUUGGGCAUAUGUUAAAUACUCUGGGGAGUUCAGAGAGAUUGGAACAAUGAUUGAUCAGAUUGCUGAGAUACUGUGGGAACAGGUGUUGAAGCCCCUGGGUGAUAAUUUGAUGGAGGAAAACGUAAGGCAGUCUGUAACAAACUCCAUCAAAGCAGGCCUGACUGACCAGGUGUCUCAUCAAGCCAGAUUAAAGACAGACUGACAGUCAUCUCCUCAUGGACUCCUCUCCCCUUUUCACGCUUGCUGUAUAAUGAGAACUCAGACACGAAUAAACCAAAGUUUACAAUCAACUGUAGAAGUAGUUUAGUACAACUGGCUUCACAGAUGGCUGCCACAGAGUGUGAAAAUUGUUGGUUGGUUUUAAGCAUUCUGUUCAUGGCUCCUAAGGCAUGGAGAUUGGCUGAGGAGCAGUAGUUUAUCACGCACAUUUGUGCCAUGUUUUUAAUUCGUUUCCUUUUUACUUAAUCUAAUGUCAGUGAAUUUUGUCUUAUGUAAAAGGAUAUUUCAGGGAAAAUAUUUUAAGAAAUCUAUUUAGAGUCUUUUAACAGCGUCCCAUUGAAUUUUAAUUUUUAGAGAAGUUACGAAUCACUGUAAAGAAUCAGACUGGAAUGACAAUGAAGCCUUUCUUGAGCCACUACAUUAAAAGUACAUACUGCUUUACUGCCUUCGAUACCAGUAUUACACAAAUGCAUGUAUCAGAACUCCCCGGAAAUUACGUGGCAACUCUCGUAGCUAAGGAAGUGAUUUUGAGGUGUACAUUAUUCUUGCCUUUUUAAAUUUUUAAACCUGCCCUACAAGGAGAUGCAUAUCUGGGAAACUGAACUGUCAUUAUGCAGUUUAGUCUUCAUGUACAUAAAAUAUGCCAUUAAUCUUAUUGGGGGAGAAAUUCCAUCCAAAAACGUUGCCUACAGCUAUGAGUUAAGAGUGUCUGUACAGUGUGUAGCUUUUAUUUUCUAAAGUCACAGAUAGGGCAUGUAUAUGAAUUAUAAAUAUAUAAAUAGCAAUUUUGUAUUAAAAGUUUUGUAGUUUAUGGCAAAACCCGGUUCUGUGGUAGGCUAAUCAGUACAGUCCCUGUGAAGGAGUGUUUGUGGCUCAUGUCAGUGUGUGAAUGCAUAGACUAUUUGAGGUUUUUGAUAUAUUUGUGAUAUUUAUCUUCCCUGAGCACUGCAGUCUCACCCCCCAAGGGAAUUCAAUGGGAAUGUUUAUUGUGACUUCGUCCUCUGUUGCAUUUUAAGGUUAUUUCCUGUAAUUUAUUUUCAGUACAUAAUUAAAAGUUUGUUGUAUAUAUAAAAUGAAACUUGUGAUUCUUUUUUAAGGAAUUCUUCAAAUAUGUAUUCCAUUACAUAAAUCACUUGUUUAUAUUGAAAAGAGCAUGAGCAGGAAUCACCCAAGUGAGAGCUCAAAGGCAUUGUUUGUACCUUGAAGCCCAGCUUGUAAAAAGUUAUUUUUCUCUGUCUGUCUUGGUUAGGGAGAAUUUGUGAUUAGCCUGGGUGUAGCUGGGGAUUUAUUAAUUUCUUUCUCUCUUUUUUUGUGGUACACGUAAGGCUAACAUUUUUGCAGUACUUUUGUAGCCUCUUUAUAAACACGUAAUAAAGCACCGAUUUUGGUUUUUAAGUGAAGAAAACUCAGAGGUUGAGUUGCAUGCCUGAAAGCUCUAACUUUACCUGGGUUGGUAACUCUUCUCCCCCUUUCAACUCCUGUUUUUGUAUGGAUUGUAUCUGUUUCCAUCUGUAUUCAAUUGCUACCAACUCAUCUGUUCUUAAACAUAAAAAAUCCACCUGAAAAGUGUCUCUCUUUAUUUCUUCUACCACCCUGUUUUAUGAAUGCUGUGGACUGUUUUUAUGAAUGAAAAAAUAAAAAGCUUGUUGUAUAAUAGCGAUUCUAAAUGAAAUUAAAGACACAUAGCUUUUUUCUUUCUUUUUUUUUUAAACGAGUUGUGAAAUCUAGACCAUUGGAUUUCUUAGUAUUUCUUGUUGGAAAGAAUGUUUUCUCCAAAGAAGAUAUGCUUUUAUAGAGAAUUCCCAGAAAGCACUUUGGUUUCAGCUGGAAGAUUCUGAACAUUGUUAAGCAAGAAACAAUAAAAGGGAUUAAAGACAAACUCA